UUCUGUGCUGCAGGUAUUUGAGGCCAGUGUGGAGAUAUUUUGGCUAGUUCUAUCAGGGAUGCGCUCCAAGUUAAAGCGUGAGAUUGAAGUUCUGUUCAACGAGAUCUUUAUCCCCAUCUUAGAAAUGCGAACUUCGACCGCGCAACAAAAGCUGGUGCUUUUAAAUAUGGUGCAACGCCUGUGUCAAGAUCCCCAAGCAUUGGUUGAAAUUUACCUCAACUAUGAUUGUGAUCUCAAUGCAGCAGAGAAUAUCUAUGAACGGCUCAUUAAUAUCAUUUCAAAGCAAUCCAGCGCACAAUAUGGACCAGCGGCUUCCAAGAGCUCUUCAGCAGGCGGUUCAUCUCAAGUUAACUCUCCUACUCAACCAAUUUCAGGGAAAGGAAAUCAAAAUUCUCACACUCUUCCCCCAUCCCUUACUACUUCUGCCCUUUCAGAAGCAACAACAGGCGGAGAUACUGCAUUAAUAGAGGCGAAGCUACACCGUCAGAGCCUAGAGUCCUUGGUACACGUCUUGAAAUCCCUUGUCGCCUGGAAGGAUGCCGCCAACCGGACCAUCCCAAAUACUAAUAGAGCACAAACACCAGUCAACAAUCAGACUCACAAUAGCACCAGCGGCUUGUCUACUUCCGAUCACACGGCACCCAGAUCGAGCUUGGGUGGAGACGAUAAAGUAGAGUCAGCCGUGUCAAGUGGUGGUCAUACGCCUGUUAGAACUUCAAGCAUUUCUAACAGAGGUUCGGUCGACCUUCGUCUUGGAACGCCUGUAUCAGAGAAAGCGUCAUUGUUCGAAGAUGACCCGAAUAGGUUUGAAAGUGAGCGCAUAAGAAAGAUGACUAUGGCCGAAGGCGUAAAGCUAUUCAACAACAAGCCCAAGAGA